AAAGAAUAAAAACAAAAAUCUGGAUAUGGGAAAAAACUCAAAACCCUAAUCCUUCAAAAAAUUUCAGAAAAUCAGAAUCUGUUUCUCUCUUUCUUGGCCUCUCCGAUCUGCUGCAACGGACGUGGAUGUUUUUUGUUUUGUUUUAAGGGACACUUGUGUUGUUGACUUGUUGUGCCCAACCAGUCCUGCAAUUUUCUUUUGCAGAUAGGAGGGGGAGGCCAUAUUCGUAAGAUUUUUUGCUAGAGUUUGACGUGUUAGGUUGAGUUGAAAAGAUGAAAAGCACGGAGAGAAUUGCCAAUUUGGCUUUAGCAGGUUUAACUUUAGCACCUCUUGUUGUGAAAGUAGAUCCAAAUGUAAAUGUUAUCUUGACUGCUUGCCUCACUGUGUUUGUGGGAUGUUAUCGUUCUGUCAAACCAACCCCGCCUUCUGAGACAAUGUCCAAUGAGCAUGCCAUGCGAUUUCCCUUCGUUGGGAGUGCAAUGUUGUUAUCACUUUUCUUACUCUUCAAGUUUCUAUCUAAGGACUUGGUCAAUGCUGUGUUGACAGGCUACUUCUUCUUACUUGGGAUUGUUGCUCUUUCGGCAACCUUAUUACCAUCUAUCAAGCGUUUUUUGCCAAAGCAUUGGAAUGAGGACCUCAUAGUCUGGCAUUUUCCAUAUUUUCGUUCUUUGGAGAUUGAGUUUACAAAGUCACAGAUCAUUGCUGCAAUUCCUGGAACCUUUUUUUGUGCAUGGUAUGCUUUGCGUAAGCAUUGGCUGGCAAAUAAUAUAUUGGGUCUUGCUUUCUGUAUUCAGGGAAUUGAAAUGCUCUCUCUUGGGUCAUUCAAGACUGGUGCUAUUCUCUUGGCUGGACUCUUUGUUUAUGACAUUUUCUGGGUUUUCUUCACACCAGUGAUGGUUAGCGUUGCAAAAUCAUUUGAUGCUCCAAUAAAGCUUUUGUUUCCCACAUCAGAUUCUGCUAGGCCAUUUUCGAUGCUAGGACUUGGUGACAUUGUUAUCCCUGGUAUCUUUGUAGCAUUGGCCUUGCGGUUUGAUGUUUCAAGAGCAAAGCAGCCUCAGUAUUUCAAGAGUGCAUUUUUAGGAUACACUGUCGGCUUGGCCCUUACAAUAAUUGUGAUGAACUGGUUUCAGGCUGCUCAGCCUGCCCUUCUAUAUAUUGUACCUUCUGUAAUUGGAUUUUUGGCUGCUCAUUGCAUAUGGAAUGGUGAUGUUAAACAGUUGUUGGAGUUCGAUGAGUCCAAGACUGCCAAAUCAUCUCAAGAGGAGAGUGAUGCCAAAUCUAGCAAAAAGGUUGAAUAACAUGAAGCAUGUUCAAUACCAAUACUUUUUUGAGUCACAGAAAAAGCAAUGUUAUUUUCUAGGAACCUCCGUUACCUGUAAUGCUAACUAUAUCAGCAGUAACCUCUGUAAAAGAUUUUGUGAUUGAGAAAAAUAAUUGGUAUUAUUUUCAGUUGAGGAUUUUGCAUUCACAUGACUAAGGUUUGUUUU